UCUCUGCUGCAUUUUCGUUAUGACAUGAUUAAGUGCGAAUUAAUGUCGGUAACCGUGUGAGUGAGUGUGUCGGAUGUGGGGGAAACGACGCAACGGCGGGCACUCAGUGCUCGUUUUGGGACACACAGAAGCGGAGGAGCACAAUUGAAUUGAAUGUGUUGCGAGACGAAGAAGCUAAUCCAGCACCAUUUGGCUCUGUGAUACCAUCCAGCCCGUCAGGACCUUAUCAACAUCUGUGGCAUAGUAGUUAAAGGGUCUGGGAUCGAGUCCUGCUCCUGACUGUUCGAGGUCUUGACUGAAAAUUGUGGGUCUUGAAGGUGUGCAACAAUGCAGACUAUUAAGUGUGUUGUUGUUGGUGACGGUGCCGUCGGUAAAACCUGCCUCUUAAUCUCAUACACGACCAACAAGUUUCCAUCCGAAUAUGUACCAACGGUCUUUGAUAACUAUGCAGUGACGGUUAUGAUUGGCGGUGAACCAUACACUUUAGGAUUAUUUGAUACUGCAGGUCAGGAAGAUUAUGAUAGGUUGCGACCUCUGAGCUAUCCCCAGACUGACGUUUUCUUAGUUUGUUUCUCUGUCGUUUCACCGUCUUCCUUUGAAAACGUUAAAGAAAAGUGGGUGCCCGAAAUCACUCACCACUGUCCGAAGACUCCAUUCCUGCUGGUGGGAACACAGAUUGACCUUAGAGAUGACCCCUCAACCGUUGAGAAGCUGGCCAAGAACAAACAGAAGCCAAUCACCCCAGAGACCGCGGAGAAGUUGGCCCGCGACCUCAAAGCGGUGAAAUAUGUUGAGUGCUCUGCGCUCACGCAGAAAGGACUGAAGAACGUGUUUGACGAGGCCAUACUGGCUGCCCUGGAGCCACCGGAGCACACGAAGCCCGUAUUCGACUGGUCCAGAUGUGCGCUGCUUUGAGCAACCUCUCCUUUCUCAGUGGACCUCCGUUAGCUGAUUUAUACUGUAUAGCAGAGGAGCUUCUGCAGGGUGUACUGUGGUUUUCACCUCAUCUGAGCUCAUAAUCACUCAGCUUCCAAUUAUGUUCAAUGAAACGAAUCAGUUGACUGACUCCCUCUUUUGUUUUCAGUUGGGUUAAACUGAACUGGUGUGAAGGAAUGUUUUUAGUUGUUUAAAUGUUAGUAAAAAAUAUUUUUAGUGUUUUCAUUUUCACCCCACAGAUCAAUGACAAUCAUUUAUUCAAUGAAACGUUUGUGAUUAAUCGUUCUAACCCUGCAAAGAGCUGGACUUGAUCGAUAAUCCUUAACUGCUAAAAAUUCUGUUUAAUUAUACAAAGGUUUUAUCUGCAUAAAUCCGCCUGUAGCAGAUUUGUAAAAUAAGAGUAAAAUGAAGUUCUCAGCUACUACGAUCAAUUAAUAUAAUUUGAAUUGUGCAGUGCGUUCAAAGUCCUAACGAAGGCUGAGUGGUUAAGGGCUCGGAGGGUGUAGAGCACAGUGCACCCUGGGCCACGAGUGCCGCAGUUCACUAACUUUGCUGUAACACAGAGAUUCUUAACCUUUUCUGAGCCACUGACCUUUUUCCGAAUCUGAUAAACACUAAGGACCCGUGAGAGAGGCAACGUUGAAAAUAUUUACAUGUAUUAAUUUAGCAGAUGCUUUCCUCCGAAUCGACUUACAGUGUUAAGCU